GAACUGAACGCUGCAGCGCCACUAUUUAGUCGGAUUCUUAGUGAACUAUGUGAAAUGAUUCCAUAGUAGAUUUUUUAAGAAUCUUUAAAAAAAAACUAUUAGUUAUUAAUUAUUCUUAAAAAUGAAGUUCAAAUACAUUUAUAUUUUACAUAAAGUACAAAAUUUUAUCUCACAACAAGUGGUAAUUUAAUAGUUUGUAACCUCAAGUGUACUUAUCUUUUUGCAAAACUGUCCAUCUCACCGGUCAAAUGUUUACUCCACUUUUUAAUAUUUAUCGUACGCUAACAACUGCUACAAGAUGCAAGCGGCGGGUUGUAGUAACAGGAAUGGGAAUAAUAUGUCCACUAGGAGUAGGUACGCAGCAGUCCUGGAAUAAUCUUAUUAACUGUAAAUCAGGUGUUACCAAAUUGACUGAACCAGAUUAUGAUAAACUACCAUGUAGGAUUGGAGCAUUAAUACCUAAAGGAAAAGGUGCUAAUGAAUUAGACAUAGAGUCUUAUUUCUCAAAUAGUGAGUUGCGCACAAUGUGUUGUGCUACUGCUUAUGCUUUGAUAGCUACUGAAAUGGCAUUAAAUGAUGCAAAAUGGAAACCAACUGAUGAGAUAGACAAGCAAGAUACAGGUGUGGCUGUAGGAGUUGGAAUGAUAGAUUUAGUGGAUGUAUGCGCAUCAUAUGAAGCCUUAAAAAAAGGGUAUAACAAAGUCAGUCCUUAUUUUAUACCAAGGAUUUUACCUAAUAUGGCUGCAGGACAAAUUAGUAUUAAAUAUGGUUUUCGUGGACCGAAUCAUUCAGUAUCAACAGCAUGUGCAACUGGAGCACAUUCAAUUGGUGAUGCAUUUCGUUUCAUCCGUGGUGGACAAACAUCUGUAAUGGUAUGUGGUGGAGCAGAAGCAUGCAUAAGUCCUCUUGCUAUAGCUGCCUUUUGUAGGCUUAGAGCGUUAAGCACUGCAAGAAACGAUUGUCCUUACGAAGCAUCACGUCCAUUUGAUAAAGAUAGAGAUGGAUUUGUUAUGGGAGAAGGUACAGCUAUAUUGGUAUUGGAAGAAUUAAACCAUGCACUUUCAAGAAAUGCUAAUAUUUAUGCAGAAGUAUUAGGAUAUGGUUUAUCUGGUGAUGCGGCACAUUUAACUGCACCCAGUGAAGAUGGUACUGGUGCUAUAUUAGCUAUGGACAGGACUGUGAAAGAUGCUGGUAUAGAUGCCACAGAAAUUUCUUUUGUUAGUGCACAUGCAACUUCAACUCCAUUAGGUGAUGCCAUUGAAAUAAAAGCUAUAGAAUCAUUUAUGGGUCAACACAGUAGAAAUGUAACUAUUUCUAGUACAAAAGGAGCUCAUGGUCACUUACUAGGUGCAGCAGGAAAUUUAGAAGCUGCUUUUACUAUUUUGGCCAUCAAAGAAGGUGUAAUUCCACCAACAAUAAAUUUACAUAAUCCAGACACAGAAACAUGCUUGAAUUUUGCUCCAAAUGCAAAGAAAAAUUGGAAUUGGGUAUCAAGACGUGUAGCUUUAAAAAACGCUUUCGGUUUUGGAGGAACAAAUGCAUGUUUGUGCUUUGGAGACUAUGAAAAAUAAAUUCAUUAUUUAACUAAACUUAUUACGAGAAGAGGCAUAAUAUGCAACAUAAUGUGAACUAGUCAUUCCUUUGUGUACAUUAAUUAAUACAUACAUUGUGCCUACAAAAAAGUGUAGACUGUAUAUAUGUAAUUUUCUUCAUUCCAACUGGAAUAAUUACAAUACCUUAAAUAUUUAUAUUUUUAUAUAAUAUAGAACAUAAAACUGAUGUAAUGUAUAUUUUAUAAAAAAAAAGAAAUAGAUUUUUGUAUAUUAAAGUUGUUAUAUGAAAUUGUAUAGAAAGAAUAUAAUUUGGAACAAUAUAAUAUGGAAUGCAAUAUUUACUUUACAGUUGUUUUUUAAUAUUCUUGUAUCUGUUAUUAUUACAACAUCUAUGUUCAAGUUGUACGAAAACAAACUAAAUUUUUUUGUUUUUUAAAAAAUUAAAACAAAAGUAUGUAGUAAUUAAUGAAAAUCACUUUCCACAAAAUUGUUUACUAUGUGCAAUUGAAUCUGAUUUACUAAUUUUCUACUUAAUACGUGCUCAUACAAAUUACCAUACUUAAUCAUACAAGUAUAAAGAAAUAAGUCUCCUUUAACUCCGGACACACACACACAUUGACAUAAUACAUUCAUUUAUACAAUUAAUUUCAUAAUUUGUUUUCUUGAAAUCAUUUGUCAGAAUUAAUCGACAUUAUAUUUUCAAUUUAAUUCCUUUAUAAUACAUUUUUCAUCUACAAAUUGUCUUUUAUUUCUUUUGAAUUGAGCUGUAUAGAAAACAACAAAAUUCAAGGCAUAAUCGUUUCGUAGUACCUCUAGUUUAUUAGAUGUAGUUUUCUUCUUGCAGAUGAACCAUAUCAUACGACGUUCUUAUGAUGUACAUCUCCAACGAUAUUUUAUUCACACAGGAAGGUUAUCCUCCAAUAAUAACAAUUAUCCAAAAUACAUCUAUUGCAUUCGUGUGUCUCUACUGGCAGUAAAUCAAUGUAAAAAAGAAAGAUUGUAUUCUAUUAAGUAUCUGUACCUAGUAGAAAUUUUUAAUUAGGAAUGGUAAAGGGUUUGUGAUGGCUGCAUAAGAUAGCGAAACGUUUUCUAAGUGUUUGACGAAGUUCUUGUCGUUUUUCAAGAACUUGGCACAUUCGUGAUUUAAAUUCCAAUACUUCCUCUGCUGGAAUAUAACUUUCUUUUUCUUCAUCAUCUGACACAUGGGAUUCCUGUGAAGAAAUAAGUUGUAUUACAUGUAGAAGCAGUACAUUAAAUAAAACUGCAAUACAAAAGAAUAUAAAACGCAUACUUCUAACAUCUGUGUAAGUGUUAGACCGCCACCUUUUUCCUUUAGUAAGGAGAUACUAGAAUUGGAAUGAACAAGUUUAUCAGAUGGUCGUAUAUCAUGACAAUCUCUUUCAUGGUUACAACAUCCAUCACUGCAAGCUACUUCUGAUCCUUCUGGUGUACUAGGAAGAGAAGAACUACUAAUAUUGUGUUCUGAAGAAUAACCACAAUCUUGUGAUGAUUGUUCACUUGAAGAACGACUUUUUCUAUCCGAAAUUGAUAAUUCAAAACGUUUUUUCAUUUCUAUCCACAUGUAUCUUUUACUUGGUUUUCCUAUCCAAGCAUGCACUAUAUCUUUAGCCAUUGGGUCUUUACAGUCCUCUAGACUAUGCCAGUCAUCAUCUUCAAUUUUCUCCGAGCAAUCCUAUACAGUGAACGACAUAUACAUCUUCAUCACAUUAAAAUGUAUACAAAACAUAUAUUAAUACAUUGUAUUAUUACCUUACACGAUUCGUAAGCUUCAAACAGUUCUUCUUCAGAAAGAUUCUUAAUAGAAGUAUUAAUCUUUUUUGUUUGAUUUGUGGUAAAUUUCGAUUUCAGUUCAGAAGAAUCUUUUUUAACUCCAUUUUUUUGUAAAUUCGAUGACUUUUUGGGGAAUGCUAAUUGAGAUUGAGUUUGUGACUGUGAUAUACUAGAUUUUGAUUUUUUUAUGCAAUCUGGACAUUUACACGUAGGUGGUCCCUUAUUUUUAGGGUCUAAUACUUGUAACUGAAAGUUAGAUGUAUUUAUAAUUAAACAUAUACAUAUAAAUAAUUAAACAUAAUAUUCAUCCAAUACCUUAUGUCGAUCUAUAUUUUGUGUUGUAGGUUUUGAAUCUGCACAAAUACACUGUGCUUCACUGUUACCACUUUGCCUUUUGCUUAAACACUAAAUACAAAAACUAAAUAAGUAACGAAACACACUUAUUAAUUUUAGAAGUUUAAAUAUUUAGAAAUAGUUUACCUCACAUGCAUUUUCUUUUUCUUCUGUUUCGUAACGCCGUUCUUUCUUCUUCUUGCGUUUUAAACGUAACUUUUCCCGUCGUUGUUUCUCUGCUAUUUCUUCUCUGGUUAGUUCUUCAUAAAGAAGUUCUAAUUGAGAAAUACCUUGUUUAACUUCUACAGCCAUCUAUAAAGAACCAUUUAACCAUGUACAAUCGCAUUUGUUAAUGCACAUCAAUUAUUAGCUUCAUUGUUAUACUUGAAAAUUUCUGGACAAUGCAUCCACUGCAACAGCAGCUAACACUUUGCAUACUGUUUCUUCUUCCCUUAAACGUCGAUGUACUCUAUGCAAACGUUCAGCGACACAUAUUCCUAAACAUGUAAGUACCUCUUCCUGAGCAAUUUCUAAUGUCUUUGCAUGUCGUUCCCUGUAAUUUAGAUAAUUCUAAGCAAACUGAAUCUUCACAUGAACUAUUUAAUAGUAAACUUUGUCACUUAUGUACCUUCCCAUGAGUUCUGGUUGAGCACGCCCAAUUAAAGUAUUAAUAUAAUCUGUACUAGUAGGUAAAUGUACAUGUCUAUCUCGUAUGCAACGUUUAAUUCCAGAAUAAAGAGCAGCAACAUAACCUGUUUCUUUUGCUGGCUCUGGUUCUGUUGUUAAUAAAGAAGAUGCUAAUAACACCUUUGUUCGACAUUCACCACAAAAUCUAGAAAAACACAAUUUCAAAACAUUUGAUCAAAAGUGUCUUAUAUAUAAAAUGUAUAAUCUUACCGAUGUUUGCGUAAAUAUGUAUCCAAAGUGGCAUCAAGUAAAUCAGUUUCUAUUAAAGCAAGUUCUUGACGACAUGGAAGUUCCAUACAAUCCCAUACUUCUUUCCAUGCACUUGGCAAAGGUCUCAUGCGUUGAAUUUCCAAUGAGUGUAAUACACAUCUCCUUGACUUUUUACUUCUGGGUUGCCUUUCAACUAAACUAUUUAACCUUGUACUAUACAAAAAUAAAACUGUUGUACACUUUACAUAUUUAUAGGAAAUAACUUAUAUGUCAAUUCCAUUACCUGUGUCCUUGUAACAUUGUACACAAUAAUUGAGGUGACUCCAAAAUAUCAUCUUUUAUUGACAAUAAUCCUUCAGGUGUAAUUAUCAAAGGAUCUAAUGCAGGAUGCCCUGAUUUCAUCAGGUCAUAGAACAAUCUUUCAACACUAUGCACAUAAAAUAUAAAAUAUUGAAUGCUUGUUACAAGCAGCUAUAUUAUAUGCACAUUUCAAACUUUGUUUUACCUCCUCCUGCAACCAACGCAUGGCACAGCUUGACCCAAAAUUGCAAGCAUAUCCUUGCAUGUUACUUCAAACGAUGCUUUAAUUUCAUCUUUUGUAAGCAUAUCCAAUUUUUUAGUAAAUUCAUCAAGCUGUUUACCACGCACUAACGGAUUAUCAC